AUGUCUAAGAUUACACACUACAAUUCAAAAGAGCAUAUCAGAAGUUUAUCAUUAAAAGAUCAAGUUAUUUGGUUUAAAACCAACGCUAACACACUAACUCAAUCCGAUCUACAACAAUUACUUCCCGAAAUCAAUGUCCACAAGUACUUUCCACCCAAUACCACCAUAUCUAACACAUCACAUAAUACCACCACUACAUCUAACACAACACCCAAUACCACCACAACUAACACAACACCCAACACCAACACCAAUUCAAUCAAACCGCCUGUUUAUUUAGCCUGUCUUGAAAAGGAAGUCUUAUACCCCAGCAGUUACACACGCACGGCCUUACAAGAUCUCAUCCAGAUCAUAAUCCAAACUGCAACUACUCAAGACUUACUUUACCUUCACCAAACCAUUUCACAAACUUUGAUAACUUCUUUUACUCAUCAGUACUCCGAAGAGUACGAUCGCUGGCUAGUUCUAAUAGCCAUCAAACUUCUAUCUACUAAUUACGACCAUCUUCACCGCCUCACUUACUUCUCCACUAUCACCACCCGAAUCAAAACAUCCAUCUCUACCUUCCGCGAUCGAACAAUCAUUCUCAGUGAUUACAUCACCAACCAAGAACUCACCCACCAAUCACCCGAAUCCACUUACUUCUGCAACGAUAUUCCCAUCUCCAUCCAAGUCGAAGAACCCACCACCGACCAACUUUCCCCAGAAACCAUCCCCACCCCCUCCAUCACUACUCUCAAUGAGUACUACCAAACCAUCAGCCAACCAUCCUUCACCCAACUCAACCCACCAGAACAACAAGCCAUUCUCCAAACUAUCCACUCCCUCCUCCCUACCACCGCACCCACACGUCUCCAUAAACUCGCCCUCCCCAUUCUAGAAGUCCUUAUCUCACUUAGUACUCCACCCGCCCUCUCUCUUAUCACCCAUCUUCUCGCCACCCACGAUCUAGCUCUAAUCGCCCUCAACCAAGCCUACAACCGCAACAAGUACUCCUUCUACACCAGACACCUCCUUAUAACUGCCUUAAUCCUUAUCUCACCUAAAUUACGUCCUGAUAUCUGCCAAAAAAUCAAAAAAACGCUUAUCUCAAACUCAGAUCAUUUUUCAGAAGAAGACCAAAGAUUAGGCAUUGACCAACUACUCCAAACACUCCAAUAA